AGUUUGGUAUGGUGUUGACCAAACACGACCCUUCUAUUGGCUUUUACCGUUGCUCUCUUCUGCUCCUCCAAUCCAACCCUAUCUACCCUUUUCACUUCUUCUUCUUCUUCUUCUUCUUCUCACCAUUUCUCAAUAUUUCUCUGCCUGGAGCUAUUGGUGUUAUUUAUCUCCUUUCUUACUCCAGGUUUCCGUCACAGUUAACGGCGGCCCCCUAGUGAGUAUUAUUAUUGAAGACAAAAGACGACGACUCAGAUGACCCAGAUCGUAAUUAUUUAUUAAAAUACCCUGAAGCUGGCUACAGUUUUGCUUUGUCUACCAGUGUAACUCCAUUUUUUUAUCAUUAUUAUUGUUACCUUUUGAAUCUUCUUGUUUCCUUCUGCGAAACGGCCUCUCUGUGGAUUUGUAGCUAUUUGAUAGUGAGUUUUAUACACCGUUUUUGCUGCUGAUUACGAUAUCCUUCCCAUCGUAUCGUUCAAGAGCUUUUCUUCUUUUUUGCUUCACUCUUCUUUGUCCGAUAGUUCCGAUUUGAAAUGGAGAGGAAGCAAGGUUUUUUCUCGGCGCUAAAGGGGGAGAUAGUAAGAGGGCUUUCACCUGGAAGGUCAAGAGCUAAAAGUCCGGCGAGAAGUGCGUCUCCCAUGUCGGGUUUACUACGGCGGAGAAAGAACCACCAAAUGUCGCAGCCGGAGUUGGUGAUUGAGAGAUCUGGGAGCUUAAGGCCGGAGGAGGCAUUGUCUCCCUUGAAGGAAGGGCCUGAUGGGAACGAGAGCAGAGAGUCUAAGGAGGGUAAAUGGGGAAACUGGAUGAGGGGUCAGCUUUGUAGGGCACCUUCGGCUGUUUCUUGCUCUGCCCAGAAACGAUCUGAUCUGAGGCUGCUGCUUGGAGUUUUGGGUGCUCCGUUAGCUCCUGUUCAUGUUAGCUCCACAGAGCCUCAGCCCCACCUCGCCAUUAAAGACAUCCCCAUUGAAAAUUCAUCCGCUCAAUAUAUAUUGCAGCAGUACACAGCAGCCUCGGGAGGGCAAAAGCUUCAAAACUCUGUUAGCAAUGCUUAUGCCAUGGGAAAGGUGAAAAUGAUAGCAUGUGAGUUUGAAACAGCUAACAAAGUGGUGAGGACUCGAAAUUCCUCCAAAGAUGCAGAGUCAGGUGGGUUUGUCUUGUGGCAGAUGAAGCCUGAUAUGUGGUAUGUUGAGCUUGCUCUGGGUGGUAGCAAGGUUCAUGCUGGUUGUAAUGGGAAGCUAGUGUGGAGGCACACACCUUGGCUGGGCGCUCAUGCAGCCAAAGGGCCUGUUAGACCCCUUCGCCGUGCCCUUCAGGGACUUGAUCCAAAAACUACAGCAAGCAUGUUUGCUAAUGCAAGAUGCAUUGGGGAGAAGAGUGUUAAUGGCGAAGAUUGUUUUAUCCUCAAGCUUUGUACAGAUCCUUCAACGUUAAAGGCAAGAAGUGAAGGACCUGCAGAGAUAAUCAGACACACUAUGUUUGGAUACUUCAGCCAGAAAUCCGGCCUUCUUAUACAUUUAGAAGAUUCACAUUUAACUCGAAUCCAAAACAGUGGAAGCGAUGCUGUCUAUUGGGAAACCACAAUCAAUUCAUUCCUUGAUGAUUACCGACCAGUAGAGGGUAUUAUGAUUGCUCACUCCGGUCGAUCUGUAGUAACGCUUUUCAGAUUUGGGGAAACAGCCAUGAGCCACACAAAAACCAGGAUGGAAGAAGCUUGGACAAUUGAGGAAGUAGCCUUUAAUGUCCCUGGUCUGUCCAUUGAUUGUUUCAUUCCCCCUGCUGAACUUAGAUAUGCUUCCAUGAGCGAAGCCUGCGAUUUCUCCCGAGGACAAGGGUUGAAAAACGUCAUGGCAGCAGCAGCGUAUCGUGCCAAGGUCGCAGCACUAGAGAAGAAUCACGACAACAAGGUCAAAGUUAUCUGGAAACCAGAUAUCUGAACCAGCAGUCAACAACAACUCCUAGCAAGCAAGCAAGCAAAUGCUUUGCAAAGCAAAGUGACAACACUAACUAUUUAGAAGAGGAUCCAAAUCCAAGGUAGCAGAACUUGUGGUCUAUUUUACGCGGCAAAUUGUAAAUAGAUCAAUAGUCAUUCUCACACAUUUUAUUCGGUGAUCGAGCGACUCGCUCUCUCCUGAAUCUUGGCUUUUUAUAUUUAGCCUUUCUUGUCUUCAAAUCCAACAGAAAAUCUCUUUUCAAUCGAAUCACCAUUGUUUUCUCUCUUGCAAUGUGAGGAGUAUUAGUAAAUGUAAAUGGUCCUUUGCUCUUGUUUUCUUAAGGGAUUGUACUGAUAGUACAACUUUAAAGAAGGAGCAUUGUGUCUUAAGUUUCAACUUGAAAUAAUGAGCAUAUUUGUUCAUCAA